CCGAUUUUACCCACCGUUCUUACAACAUCCAAUCCAGGCGUUCUCCAUCGGCAUUCUUCGCUUCGCUAAAUCUACUUCUGCCCUUCUCAUCGCAUAUUCCAAAACAUCAAUCCAGUCUUGAUUCAAUCAUCCAGUUACAUCCUGCAAUCAUGGCUGGAAUGGCACCUGAAGGUUCUCUAUUUGAUGCUAAUCACUAUGAUGCUAAAAUGAAUGAGCUGCAAGCUGAUGGACAAGAUUUCUUUACACCCUAUGAUGAAGUUUAUGAGAGCUUUGACAAGAUGAAUCUGCAAGAAAAUCUUCUAAGGGGCAUUUAUGCUUAUGGUUUUGAGAAGCCCUCUGCAAUUCAACAACGUGGGAUUGUGCCCUUCUGCAAAGGUCUUGAUGUCAUCCAACAAGCACAAUCAGGGACAGGAAAGACAGCAACUUUCUGCUCUGGAAUUCUCCAACAGCUCGAUUACUCCUUUGUCGACUGCCAAGCACUCGUUCUUGCUCCCACACGUGAACUUGCCCAACAGAUUGAGAAAGUCAUGAGGGCGCUCGGUGAUUAUCUUGGUGUCAAGGUUCAUGCCUGUGUGGGUGGGACCAGUGUCCGCGAAGACCAAAAGAUUCUCCAGAGCGGCGUUCAUGUUGUGGUCGGGACACCCGGCCGUGUGUUUGAUAUGUUGCGCAGGCAGUCACUUCGUCCUGACAACAUUAAGAUGUUUGUGUUGGAUGAAGCUGAUGAGAUGUUGUCCAGGGGUUUCAAAGAUCAGAUCUAUGAUAUUUUCCAAUUGCUGCCACCAAAGAUUCAGGUGGGUGUUUUCUCAGCCACCAUGCCACCAGAGGCCCUGGAAAUCACCCGGAAAUUCAUGAACAAGCCUGUACGGAUUCUUGUGAAAAGGGACGAACUUACCCUUGAAGGUAUCAAACAGUUCUACGUCCAGAUUGAAAAGGAGGAAUGGAAGCUCGAAACCCUCUGCGAUCUCUACGAGACGCUGGCCAUCACCCAGAGUGUCAUCUUUGUCAACACGAGGCGGAAGGUUGACUGGUUGACCGACAAGAUGCGGAGCCGGGACCACACGGUGUCUGCCACCCACGGUGACAUGGACCAGAACACCCGUGACAUCAUCAUGAGGGAAUUCCGGUCCGGUUCAUCGCGGGUUCUGAUCACCACGGACCUUUUGGCCCGCGGCAUUGAUGUCCAGCAAGUGUCUCUGGUCAUCAACUUUGAUCUCCCCACCCAGCCGGAAAACUACCUCCACCGUAUUGGUCGGAGUGGGAGGUUUGGGAGGAAGGGGGUUGCCAUUAACUUUGUGACCAAAGAAGACGAGAGAAUGUUGGGUGAUAUACAGAAGUUCUACAACGUCACCGUGGAGGAGCUGCCGGCAAACGUGGCGGAUCUUCUGUAAUUUGUGGCGGUGAUGGUGGUGGCGGUGGGUUUUGGUUUUGAAGAAGAGUUGAUGUGUUUAUUUUGAAGCUUCUCUUUUUUUUCUUCAUGUGUAUGAAUCUUACUAU